AUGGCUGCAUCUACUAUGGAGCCGGUGUACUUCGACCUAAGUAUUGAAGAGAGUGAAAUUGAAUCAGCUGGAUUUGAGGCGUUGAAAAAAGUCAAACCACAGUGGGACCAAAGCAGUGUGAAAUCUAAGAUUUUAAGUGGAGGAAUAACAAACAAAUUGGUAUGUUUUUAUGAAGAUGGAAAAUUUGGUGAAGACUCCAUUGUUAUCAGAGUGUUCGGACAAAAAACUGAUUUAAUUAUUGACCGAGAUGCAGAAAUGAAAAACAUGAUAGUCUUAUCAAAGAAAGAUAUAUGUCCACCAUUAUAUGCGGUCUUCAGAAACGCUCUCAUGUAUGGAUUUGCUUCCGGUGUAGAGCUGGAUGAGAAGACAGUGAGAGACCAACAUAUAGGAAAACUAGUUGCAAAAGAACUAGUGAAACUUCAGUUGGUGAAAUCCCAGGGAACUGAUGGAUCAAAGCCCCAGUGUGAACUGUUUGAUAAACUGGAUGAUUGGCUUAGCAAGAUGCCAGAAAAGUUUGAUGAUCCAGUGAAACAAGAGAAAUUUUCCAAACAUGUACAGCCUCGAUCAGUACUUAAGAGUGAAAUGGUCACCCUUAAGGAGCACCUGAUGGCUAUGGAGUGUCCCAUUGUUUAUGCCCACAAUGACCUUCUAGUGGGUAAUGUAAUCUACAACAAAAAGUCAGACAAAGUGACUUUUAUUGACCAUGAAUAUGGAAUGUUCAACUACCAGCCUUAUGACAUUGGAAAUCACUUCUGUGAAUUUGCUGGAGUGCAAGAAGUGGACUACAAUCUGUACCCAGACAAGGAAUUCCAGAUGGGAUGGCUUCACUCCUAUCUACAGGCCUGGAAUCUAGCACAUGACAACUCAGAUGAUAUAUCACAGACAGAGCUAGAAAGAUUUUAUGUUUAUGUCAACAAAUGUGCCUUGACUGCCCAUUUUUUCUGGGGUGUUUGGGCCAUUAUACAAGCCAAGUACUCUACCAUUGAUUUUGAUUAUCUUGAGUAUGCUGUGAUAAGAUUUGAUGAAUACUUCAGACGGAAAGAAGAAUUUUUAUCAUUAGAAGUACCUAGCAAAUAAAUAGGUAUACGUGUACCAUGAAAGGGUGAUGGAUUUGACAAGAAGCUUUGGAAUGGAAUGCUAAUGCACAUCACUACCUCUCCUAUUUUUGAAAUUACUUUUUAUUUUACAUUUUGAUUUAUUAUUACUAUGCAUAUUCUAUGUUAAAAUAAGAUUAAAUAUUUUUAUGAUGUACAUGUACAUGAAACUGAAAUAUUUUAAAUUUUACCAUAUUCCAGACAUCUGACUCAAACAGACAGGAUGAUCUAUAGUCACCAAUGAGUGACCAUCGUGAUUCCAAUAUCAUUUGGCACCAUCCGUCCUGCAUAAACUUUUCAUAUUUUAAAAUUUAUUCUUAAAUUCCACAGGAGAGAUUGAGCCCAAACUUAACUGAAAUGAUUCUAAGAUGCUCCUAACCAAGUGUUGCUAUUUUCAGGUCUGUUCAAAAUCCAAUAUGGCAACCAUUUUUGCCAUUUUGAAAAAUAAAUUUUCAAGUUUCCUCUUCAGUUACACUAGUGCAGUUGAUCUGAAAAUUCAUUGGAAUAUUGAGAAUCUAAAAUGUAGGAAUUGAUGUCGUUUCUGUUACGUUUAUUGCUAAAAUUAAGAAAUGUUUUUCAUUUUAUCACAUUUUCCGAUACAUACUGAUACCAUAUGUUGUUACAAUCAUUUCACCAUUAAUGACUAGGUGCUUCUUGUUAGUGAUACAUUUGAUGUCUAUGUUUUUUAGUCGUACUACAUUGUAUGUUAUUUGGGGUAUGGGUUAUUUUAGACUGUGAAUGCUACAAAGUGUAGGAUUAUGCCUUCUUGGUAUGGCGUCUUAUUGGAGAUGAAACAUAUACCUCGUGAUGUGUAUAUAUUUAGACCAAAUUUUAUGAUUAAUUAUAGACUAACAUAUAAGAUACAUUCAUAUCUCUUAAUCUUUGUAUUGUAGUAGUUUAAGAAACUGACACAAGAGAAAUAUUGUUUUUAAAAUGUUUCCAUGAAUUCAUUAUAUGUUUAUA